CACUAUAAUCCUUUUUAGCUGUAGCGCGUGUCACUCGAGGGUGUGGACGCGCGCACCAUCAAAAUGUUCAAAAACGAGGAAACUGUGCUUCAACAACUACCGAUUUGUAAAUCGCAUGCGAUAGGCAUUGCGAUAGCUGCCCCAAAUCCGCGUGCCCGAGCCGCCCGAGUACUCGCACCCAUGCCGUCCGGCGGCCAUCGCAGCGAGCGGCGGCGGUCGCACCGCAAGUCGAAGAAGACGCCGCCCGCCGCCCAGGCGCCGCCGCCGCCGCCGCCGGCCGUGGUUCACUACACGUGCUUCCAGUGCGACCCCUUCCACUCCUCCGCGCCGGCGCCGGAGGAGACGGCGGUGGCCGCCGUCGUCGCGGAGCAGUACGUCUUCGACGAGGAGAAGGUCGACGGCAAGGACGAGGCCGGCGACGAGGAGGCAGACGCCGGCGCCGCGGCCGCGGCCGACGGCGAAUCCGCCGGCGACGCCGAGCCCCCGGCGCCCCCGGCGGCCGUCGAGGAGGUGGACGUCGCGGAGCCCGACGACAAGGCCGCGCACGACGUCGACCUCUUCCUCGUCGACGAGGACGGCGAACGGCGGAAGGAGAUGGUGACGGACUUCGUCGAACGCGCGUCGACGAUGUACUACGCGAGAAUUCAGAGCGAGCUCCUCGCGGGCCCCGACGACAAGCCGCUGCCCUGGGACAUGGUCCUCAUGGUCGCGACGGUGAGUUUGACGAUGAUCGCGUCCAUGCUCUGCAUGACGACGGUGCGGAGCGUCGUCGACGAGUACAUGGAGUGGGAGGACGACGCGGUCUUCGGGUUCGGCAACCGGCCCUACUACACGGUCUGGACCCACAUCUGGCACCUAACCGCCGGCAUCCCCAUCCCGACGGCCGUGUCGCUCAUGAUGGUCGUGGUCAUGGCGACGCUGUCGACGGUGGAGCGGCUCAAGGACGACCACGUGAUCUGCUGCCUGAUCGCGCGCGAGCUGCUGAACAAGCGGCGCUACGCGACGCGCGUGUUUCUUGUGCGCCUGGAUCCACGCUUCCUGCUCGAGUUCGAGGCGACGCUCGCGGACUGCUCCUGGCGCGGGCUCGUGCCCCACCGCAAGUCCGUGGAGCGGCGCUUCGAGGUGCCGCGCGAGCUCUUCGAGGGCGUCGUCGACGACAUCCUCAAGCUCAAGAACGCCGCGUCCGUCUCCCGGCGCGCGUCGCGCGUCCUCGUCGCGGCGAUCGGGUCCUGCGUCGCGACGACGGCCUGGCUCAUGCAGGAGCGCGUCGCCGACGGCCGCGCCUUCCACACGGGCCACACCUCCCUGAUCAUCCACGGCUUCGACGCCUUCGUCGACUACGACGUCGCAUCGCACGCGCUCGUCGGCGGCGAUCUCGCGAUGACGUUCGCGUGCUCCCUCGCCGUCAUCCUCGCCACGGCGCCCGUCCUCAAGGCGGGCACGCACCACAAGGCCCUCUUCCUCCGCGUCCUCCUCCUGCACUACGCCGUGUGCUUCGGCACCUACACGAUCCUCGUCCACGUCCUCUUCGACAGGACCGUCCUCCGCCAGUCCUUCGCGGCGCCGGCGUGGCAGCGGCGGGCGAACGUGCCCUACAUCACGACGAGCGCCCAGGACGGCGGCGCCUACGACGACCUGAGCGGCUACGACAGCUCGAGCCAAUUGAACGUGGGCAGCUCGCCCGGCUCGAGCACGGUGUCGAGCCGCAACCCGUCGCGGCCGCCGUCGGCGUCGCGGCCCGCGGGCCGGCCCGAGAGCGGCCGCGGCCGGCCGCGGACCUUCUCGGGCCUCGACGCGGCGGGCGAGCCGCGACUCCGGCGGUCGUUCUCCGAGGGCGACGACGUCCGGGACAAGACGCCCCUGCGCGGUGCGCGCGACUGGGCGGGCCACGACCCGGCGCGGGGCACGGCGAGCAGCGACGACGUCGGCAUGGUGCUCGGCUCCGACGACGGCGCGGAGCCGUCGCCCGACAGGGCCGAGUCGUCGCGGUCGCUCGCGACGGUGAUCCGGGGCGCGCGCGCGGAGCGGCCCGAGCGGCCCGAGCGGGCGCCGCGCGUGAGCCGCACGGCGGAGCUCCAGGAGGAGGCCAUCGAGGCCGCCGCGGCGGCCUUCGCGAGCACGCGGGACUUCGCGGAGGGGUCGCGCGGCACGGCGCCGGAGGAGACGUACCACGACGACUACGCGACGAUCCACCGCGCGCGGCGGCGGAGCUCGCUGCACGCCACGCGCCAGCGGCGCGUCAGCGACGCCAUGAUGCGCGAGGACAUCCUGCGGGAGAUGCGGCUCCGCGGGCAAAACAUCGUCAACGACCUCACGGACCAGACGAAGCGCCGCGACGCGCGCGUCCGCGCCGCGGUGGCGCUCCAGACGGCGUCGCGUGUGGUCGCCGCGCGACGCGAGACGGCGCCCCUCUUCCGGGCGCUGAAACGGGUGAAGGCCGCGACGCGGCUCCAGGCGGCCGCGCGGCGCCGCGACGCGGCGUCCGAGGCCGCGCGGCGCCGCGAGUACGAGGCCUACGUCGCGACGCUCGCGCUCCGCUUCCGGGAGACGCGGGCGCUGGAGAAGGUCCAGUCCUGGGCGCGCCGCGAGGCCGCGUUGCGGGCCACGCGGCGGUCCCUGCUCGUCUACGGGGACCUGAUCGGGAAACUGAUCCGCGAGCUCGCGGCGUCCGAGGCGCGCGACUGGGCGUCGGAGCGGCGGUCGACCUACAUUUUGGACACGGCGGCGACGCGGAGCCGCGCGUCCGCGAGCCGCGGCGGCCGCCUGCCGUCGCGCGACGAGACGCGGACCCGCGCGCCGCGGUCGCCGGAGCGGACGCCGGGCCGGCGCCUGUCCGUGAGCGCCGGCGACGACGGCGGGAGCCUGUCGUCGGCCUCCGCCAAGACGCCCGCGUCGCCGCCGGCGCGGAAGCGGCCCCUCGGCUCGUCGCUCGCGAAGUCGCAGGCGUUCCGGCCCUUCGCGUCCCAUUUUCUGAAAUUGAAGGCAUUCGCGGGCCAGGGCGCGGCGUCGGCGCCCCUCGCGCCGACGGCGGAGCCCGAGACCGUGGACCUCCGCGACAAAGAUUUAGAGACCUGGGUCUCGGCGCUGUCCUGGGACGGCGAGGUGGCCCCGGAGCUCCUCGAGGCGGAGCGCGAGGGCAGGAACGCGUUCCGGGGCCCGCGGAGCGCGCCGCUCCCCGGCGCGCCGCGCCUCGAGGCGCCGAGUUUAUGGGACGCGACGUGCGCGCGCGCGACGACCGCGCCCUACGGCAAGUCCCUCGCGGAGCGGUCCCUGGGCACGACGGUGUCCGGCUACCUCAGCGACGCGGGCAACCGGCGCCUCGUCGAGGCCCACGACCGGCCCCUCUGCACCGUCACGUGGCUGCCGCCCGCGGCGCCCGAGCCCGUCGCGACGCGGUCCGCGCGCAACUCCUUCUCCGGCCUCGAGUCCAUCCAGGAGUCGACGCUCUUCGGCGGGCCGUCGCUCGCGACGCGGCUCACCGUCGAGACGGCCAAGGCCCCGAAGCGCACGGGCGCGAAACGGCCCGCGACGUCCUACUCGCGCGCUUUGGAGAAGUUCGUGCCGCCGGCGGUCGCGGCGCCGGCGCCGCCGGCGCUCCACGUGCGGCGCUUCCGGCCCACGGAGGUCUUCACCUACGGCGACGGCGGCGCGCCGCGGCGCUCCGAGGUCCAGAACUACCGGCCGAACGUCUUCCGGGGGAAGGCGACGGCGCCGCUCGACGUCGCCAAGGCCAAGGUCCGCGCCGCGCGGCCCUCGAAGCACCGCUCCGUGAGCCACCACGCGAAGCGCAUCCACGACGUCAUGCACCGCUUCCGCACGGCGAACCACGUCGACUCGCGCCGCGCGCCCCUGCCCGAGCUGGGGAACCUCGCGGGCUUCGGCGGCGACGGCGCCGCCGCGGCGCCGCGCGCCGCGGCCGCCGCGCGGCCGCCGCCGCGGCGGCCCCGCGGGACCAGCGCCGGCGACGACGACGGGCCGCGCUACCUCCGGCCGCCGACGUUCCGCGACGAGAAGCGGCUCCACGCGCGCAUCACGGCCCACGAGAACGUCGCCGGCUCGACGGGCUCCCUCGCCAUGAGCGAAAUCACGAACGGCGUCCGGGGGGGCUAA